AUGUCUUCCAAUCCUCCAUCGCGAACCGCAACACCAAAUCCGCAAUCGCGUUUCACGACACAAUCGGCAACGGUUGAAGAUGUACUUAGUACGCAAACGGUGGGAUUGGUCGCGCUGUCUGAUUAUAGGAAACGGAGGGCUGAGGCUGUUGAGAUGAAGGAGAGGGAUGCGCAGGAAAACGCUAAUGGGAAUGGGAGUGAGAGGAGUACACCUGUGGGGGACGGUGCCUCCACACCCAAUGAUUCGCAGCCCAAUACCAUAAAGAAAAAGAAAAGAAAGGUAGGAACACCUAAACUAUCAUUCGGAGUCGAUGAUGAAGAGGGAGGAGACAAUAGCACAAAUACGGAUACCGAACAUUCGCGAUCCGGAACCCCUUCUUCCCCAAAACAGAAGAAAAAGAGAAUAGGCGUCAACUCCAGCGUCUCAUUCGUACCCAAAACUCUCACUAAAUCUGCUCUAUCAAAAGAGGCGCAAACGCGCGAAUCACUCCGAAAAGAGUUUUUGGCAAUUCAGGAAGCGAUUAAGGGAACCGAGAUAGCUAUUCCGUUUGUGUUUUAUGAUGGGACAAAUAUACCAGGAGGAAUCGCGAGAGUCAAGAAGGGAGAUUUUAUCUGGGUUUUCUUGGAUAGGAGUAGGAAGGUUGGCGCAGAGUUAGGGGUGGGAGAGAAGGCGAAUAGUAGUAGGGAAUGGGCGAGGGUGGGAGUGGAUGACUUAAUGUUGAUUAGAGGGGGUUUAAUCAUUCCUCAUCAUUACGAUUUCUACUACUUCAUCAUAAACCAUACCCUCGGACCCAACAACCAAAUCAUCUUCCCUCAUAGUUCCUCUCCGCCUUCGACCGCCUCAAUAACUCCCCUCGAUAUCGAGUCCUCUAUCCCCGACUCCUAUAACCCUCUCUCACGUCCCUCCGCCUCUAACGGUACCAAAACCCCCACAACAAAAGUCGAGGAACUAGAAGGAUUCAAAGACGAUCCAACAUUCACAAAAAUAGUGGAUCGCAGAUGGUAUGAGAGGAAUAAACAUAUUUAUCCGGCGAGUGUAUGGCAGGAGUUUAAUCCAGAAAAGAAUUAUCAGACGGAGGUUAAGAGGGAUGCAGGGGGGAAUGCGUUUUUCUUUUCUUGA